GCUCGCACUAGAAGUAUGCAUACUCCGACCAACUGCUACCUGUUGAGUCUAGCAGUAGCCGACGUAAUUGUUCUUUUAUCAGCAACGUUACCGUCUAUUCCGGAACCUUUCUUUCAGAUUGAUGAGUGGCGAUUUGGACGAGUGUUGUGCUCCCUUUUAAUAUUCCUACAAAAUGUCGGAGUUGACGCCUCGUCAGCCUCAAUCACGGCUUUCACAGUGGAGAGAUACUUUGCCAUCUGUAAACCGAUAAGGGCGCAGACGAUGUGCACGGUAAAUCGUGCCAAAAAGAUAAUCGUCGGCAUUUGGAUUUUAACAAUUUUGUAUUGUUCACCUUGGCUGGGAUUGACAGAUUUAAAACAGAUUACGCAGAUUGAUGGUAAUGUCAUUGAAAAAUGUCAGUUUCGUCUAGCUCGACCCUCAUAUCUAACUUAUUUUAUGACAGAUUUAGUCAUAUUUUACAUUAUUCCGUUCUUCAUAUCAGCUGUUUUAUAUUGUUUAAUUGGUCGAAUUCUCUUCUCGAAUAACUUAACAAAAAAUAUCAGCCAAUUUCAAAAUUGCGAUAAAGACGAAUGCAAUAUUUGCUAUUCAAGUUUGAAUAUCGAAAAACAAGUUGUACGAAUGUUAUUUGUGGUUGUGUUAGUAUUUGCCACUCUAUGGAUGCCAUAUCGAGUCAUGGUGGUCUAUAACUCGUUCGCCAAACAUAAAUUUAUGGACUUGUGGUUUCUUCUCUUUUCCCGGUCCAUGAUCUACAUCAACAGUGCCAUUAAUCCAAUCCUCUACAACGCCAUGUCAGUCAAGUUCAGACGGGCAUUCAAGAAUCAUUUGUGUUGUGAGCCAAGUUGUCAAAAACCAGAGACCUGCAGACAGGCGGCCAUAGUUCGUAGUAGUGCACAUGAAAGAUCCUUUGGUGGUAGGAAUUGGAGUGUAAACUGAAACGCCGCUAUCCAGGAAUAUUCUCUAUCUCGCAUUGUACACUAAAGAACCUCACCUUUUCGUAUUAUCCGAACGACUAUACAAGCUUUCAGUGUAAUAUGAUAAUAAUAUCAUUUAUAAACCACGUUAAUACCGAAGCAAAAUUCCAUUAACGCUGGUAGUUUAUUCCAUAGAAAGGCCUAGCUUAAGAAAAGGCACGUUUUGGAAGUUUAAGUUAAUGGUUGGAGAUUUUAGAAGAUGUUUUUCUAAGAACGGAGAAUUCUGCUUGUAUUAUAGGGUUCAACAAGACGUUUUAUAUAAGAUGGAGCUUCGCCGUUUAACGCUUUGGAGACGAAAAGCAGUAACUUAAACUUUGCGGAAUUAGGUACCAAUGUAGGAAUUGCAAUACAGGGGAGAUGUGUUGAUGUUUUCUAGUGUUAGGCGCCGUGUAGGAAUUGCAAUAUAGAGGAGAUGUGUUGAUGUUUUCUAGUUUUAGUGAGGAGUCGAGCUGCUGAAUUUUGAACAUGUUGCAGUUUGUUAAUCUG